AUGUUCAUCUUCCGUGUCUUAAACACGGUCCCCUACACUAAUAGGACUGGGGCGAAAGAUCUGGUCGCCAGCGUUCAUUCCUUUCUCACUUCCAAUCUACUCAUCGGGCUCGCCGUUCUCAUCUCGUGGAAGCAGUUCGGCGGCAAUCCAAUCGAGUGCAUGGUCCCGCUGGACUUCACCAGUGCCUGGGUUCAGUACUCGAACAACUUGUGCUGGGCGCAGCCGACCUACUUCAUUCCGUUCACCAGCGAGCUCGUUGAACAAGUUUCCGACGCCUCUGACGUCGUACCUGAUGGAAUCACACUUGGAUCGCAAAAAGGCGCGCCGAGGGUUGUGAAGAAAGGCGGCGAGAAGAUUUCCUACUACCAAUGGAUGGCGUUCUUUCUGCUCUUCGAAGCCGCCUGCUUCCGACUUCCCUGUUUCAUCUGGAAGUAUUUCGCCAGCCAAAGCGGUAUUUCAGCUGUAUUUAUCGAAUCAUUCGCGCAAAUUCUGAAUUUUAGGGAUGCAAGUGGGCGAAAUUCUGCGCGUCGCUUCAGACGAGAACAACGCGGUGCCGAUGGUAAAAAAGGCGAACAUUGACGCGCUUUGCAUUCAUUUACGCGGAGUUUUACGCUUUCAGAAACGCCUAAAAUUGGUAUAACCUCAAAAAUUCGGUAGGAAAACGCAAAUUUUGGUUGAAUUACAGAAAAAGAUAGUUCCGCACAAGAUUUUGCGGUUUCUGAACAUCAAAUACUCGGCACACUACGUCACGUUCAUCUAUUUCAUCGCCAAAAUCGCAUUUUUGUUAAACGUCGUCUUGCAGUCGAAUUUGUUGAACAGGUGAGAGCAAAAAUCAAUAUUUUCCGGGCAGAAAGCUGAGUUUUAUAGAAAAGAAACGCAGAAACUGAGAAAAUAAGUUUCUACUAAUUUCGCACAGAGUUUCCCCAUUUCAGAUACAUGCUGCCGCACGACCGUCAGAAAAAUUUCGGUUUCGACAUCUGGAAGACCAUCUUCAGCUCCUACUCGGACGGAAAUGAGACGUGGCGCGAGAACGGCGUGUUUCCACGUGUCACUCUCUGCGAUUUCGAGACCCGGGACAUGGGAAACGUGCAAACGCACACCGUCCAAUGUGUGCUCCUUCUGAAUCUGUUCACCGAGAAAAUUUUCGUCUUUUUGUGGGCUUGGUGAGCAAAAUUGCGAAUUUCGGGUGAAAAUCUUCAGGACUUUACCAGUUUUCUGAAGAAUCAUCCUUUCCAAUGUUUCGCCAUUCAGGUACAUUUUGCUCGGCGCGUUCACCGUCGCCAACUUCUGCUCGUGGCUUUUCGCCGUUUUCAACGACACCUACAACGAACACUUCAUUCUGAACCACCUGGAAAUGAGCGAAACGCCAUUCGACAAGGACAAUUUGGGUGAGAACUUUUUCUUCAGUGCUUUUUGACACACUUAAUAUCAUUUCGAUCGGAUUCUAACUUCAUAGUUGCCAAGUUGCUUCAACUGUCUAAAUUAUUUCUAUGGGUCAUACUCGCUUAAUGUCCACUAAUUUGAACCCACUAGACUACCUGACCUUAUUUAUCCUAUCUCGGGACCUGAAACUUGAACCCAAUCCAAGUUCAAGAAGCCUGCAAAGUUUGGGUCCGAUCGGAUUAUUGUAAGUGGGCAAAAGGCCACUCCCUUUUUCCUGUCAAAAAAAAAACGGUGGGCUCAAAUAAUAGUAGCGGAAGUUUGCAGAGAACCGCGAACACGUGUCCCGAUUCAUCUCGAUCUACCUCGGAACGGACGGUCUCUUCCUGCUGCAGCUGAUCGCCCAGCACGCCGACGUCGUCUUCACCACCGAAUUGAUCGCCGCGCUCUUCAAAUCCUACAUCGAGAUAGAGGCACAGAGAAAGUGAGUUCGAUUUGGAAAUCGCGAGACCAAAUUUCACGGAAUAAAUCCAAAAAAACGUAUUCGUUUCGUUGCAGGACCCUGAAACAGAUGAACGCGGUGCUUCCGCUGCUCCGUCCGAACGACGAGAGCCAAUUGGAGAGCGCGAUGAGCACGGCGCCCUCGACGAGCCACAAUGUGCGUAGACGAGGCACCGAGCAGCUCGACGCCAAGCCACGGGUUCGUGUCGAAACCCAACACUCACUCUUUUUUUCACACGCUAUCGAUUUUUAGCAAAACUCCCUGAAUCAAAUGCGAAAAUUCAACAGUUUCGAGGAGCCCGACGCGCCGACGAAAAAAUUCGACGAAAGUAGCAGCGAUGAGGAGAAGAGCAGCAAGAAGAGCUCGAAAAAGUCGAGCCCGACGAAGAAACGCGAAAAAAUGAGCCCAAAAUCGUCGCCGGGGAAGCAUUUGCCAAAAACGUCGCAAAGGAAGAAUUGGUGA